UGGGAUUUCAUCACUUCGAAGGUAAAGCGGGCCCCUUCAGCAUCGGAUCGCGCAUGUCGGCUUGACCCAGUCGAAACAAGAUUUCACCGAUCUUAUCCCUGUCCGUGGCCUCUCUCUCUCUCUCUCUCUCUCUCUCUCGAUCCCUCGGUCGCGUAGCUCGGUGAGUCGUUUUCCUCCUGUUUGCUGAUUUGCGCGUCUUUGUUCUUUUGGGGGCGGAUUCAUUUUCUCAUCUACAUUCGACGGGACAGCAAUCUGAGUGUCGGAGAUGUCGCACAGCAGUAAUAGCAAUAUGAAUGAUCCAAGGCAGCCCUUGGCAGCCAAACCAUUUAAAGCGCCGAUGGUUUCUCCCCAAGAUCUGCCAGUUGAUUAUACAGGAUUCAUUGCUGUUGUCUUUGGUGUUGCCGGGGUCAUGUUUCGGUACAAGCUUAGCUCAUGGCUUGCCAUCAUAUUUUGUGCUCAGUCGCUAGCAAACAUGAGGAACAUGGAAAAUGAUCUCAAACAGAUCUCCAUGGCCAUGAUGUUUGCCAUUAUGGGAUUGGUGACAAACUAUUUUGGCCCUGCUCGUCCAGCACCGCGGAAAUGAGAGGUCAUCAAAUUUGGAUUAAGGACAAGUGUAAUAUGCUUAGAGGGUUGUUCCUUAGCUUGAGAGUUAAGUGAGAUUCUUUGAGGCGCAGACAUAUAUAUCUUGGCACAUUGGAUGUUCAUUUAGUUUUAAGGCUCCGUGAUUAAUUCCCAAGGACGUACUAGUGAAAUAUUAAAUGUUGAUCACAAAGUACCUUUUAGGUUGAAUUCUCUUCCUUUCCUCUGUAAAUUGUCUGCUAAAUGUUUAACUAGUCUCUUUAACAAAGUUACUGUUUUACUCUA